UGGCGAGUGCAAAUUCUAUAAACGUGAUUUCUCGACAAUUUUACCUCCCACCACCUUCACCUGAUCGAAGCCGCGAUUUUGAUGACGUUCCGAUCAUUAUUGUAAGGAUAAUGAUAGUUUACUUUCAAUUUCGGAACCGUUGCAGCUUGAUUGAUCUCGCGUGACCCGGGCUAUGUGCGUGCGGUGGUAGUACCUUCGAACUAGACGCUAACCGAUGACGACGACGGAUUCGGUGGGAAAGGAAAAACUUAUGGAUUUGACAGUGGUUCGACUUAGUUGAUUUUAUACUUCAUCGCUGUCAGUAACUUUCAGCGGAAAGUUCGAAUUGGAGCAACAGAGUGCAUACUCGUGUUGUGUGCUGGAAGGAAAUUGACCCUGAUAAAGUUCUGUGAAAAGAGAUUCAAGUUUUCCCUUUCAAUUUGCAUUAUCAGCAGCAGCUCUCUCUCCUCUUUGGCGUUUUGCCGUACGAGCGUUGGAAGUCACGUGUUUGAUCAAUAUUUGGAGGACGUUUUUAUUUAGAGUUCAGUGUAAAAUCAGUGUUUCCCAUGAAACCAAGCUCCGAGUGACGAUAUUGUUUUGCGCGUUGUUGUUGUGUCUAGGCUGAUUAUAGUGGCAGCGGGAACAGAGUGUGUGUCGUAUUAUUCUAGUAGUACCGCUAAUUAACGCGUUAAGUUCCAUUUUCUUCGGUUGCUUCCAAGCGUGGAAGACAGUGGAAGAUACAUUCCUACAUUGAUAGUAGUGAUCAGUUUGUCGGUGACGACGGAGUCGGAGCGAGCGAAGACAAAGCUCGGUCAACGGGAAAAAUCAAAAAUCGGGGACCAUGAUUCCCACGUUUAGCAAAUUUGAAUUCAGAGAAGGUGUGAAGCAACUCGUCGGUGUAGCGGACAUCACCGAGAACCGCAACAUAUGGCGCAUGUUGGUGGCAGAGUUCCUCGGCACCUUCUUCCUGGUGUCGAUCGGUAUCGGUAGCACGAUGAGCUGGGGUGGUGACUAUGCACCAACCCUGACGCAGAUCGCGUUCACCUUCGGCUUAGUGGUCGCAACGUUGGCACAGGCAUUUGGCCACGUGAGUGGCUGCCACAUCAACCCAGCGGUCACAAUCGGCCUGAUGGUUACGGCCGAUGUCAGCAUACUGAAGGGAGUCUUCUAUAUCGUAUCGCAGUGUGUCGGAGCGAUUGCUGGUGCUGCUCUUAUUAAGGCGGCCACCCCAGCCGAUGUCAUUGGAGGAUUGGGAGUUACCGGGAUUGACCCACGACUUUCCGCCGGCCAAGGCGUUAUUAUUGAGGCUCUUAUCACCUUCAUCCUGGUGUUCGUCGUCCAUGGCGUUUGUGACAAUCGUCGCUCUGACAUCAAGGGAUCUGCUCCACUGGCCAUUGGUCUCUCCAUUACUGCCGGUCAUUUGAGUGCGAUUAAAUAUACCGGUGCCAGCAUGAAUCCAGCCCGUUCCUUCGGACCAGCCGUGGUCAUGGGUAAUUGGACCGAUCAAUGGGUUUACUGGGUUGGUCCUAUUGUCGGAGGUAUCCUCGCCGGUGCAGUCUAUCGUCUGUUCUUCAAAGUAAGAAAAGAUGAACACUAACAAAGUAGGCCAAGUGACUAACGACGUUCAGUACAUAUAGUCGCAGGCUAGUCCAUCGCCUACCUAUGUAGUAGCCGAUAAUACCAUAAGUUAUCUUAUGUAAAACUCCAAUUCAAACCCAGUAUCGGCCACUACCGUGCAUCGUUCAGAAAUAAAUCUGCCAUGGGGAAUAUCCGUACUAACAACUGUGUGCAUGUUUGGAAUGUUAUAGCGAAUUUAACACCGCUGAAAAACGAUUGCAGUGCUUGAACGAAUUCCACCAAAUCGAUAAAUUUAAUAACGAGACGCCAAAUUUGAGCAAAAAGAUAUUUAACUGUUAUUCACAUUUACUGUAAGCA